AUCAGCAGCAGCAGCAGCAGCAGGAUGCGGAGACAGUAACCGGAGAGUCGCCCACAGGUCCCCCCAGACGGGCCCCCAUCAACAUCACCAUCACUCGCACCGUCUCCACCCGGCGCAGAGUCAACAACCCCAGCCACCACUCUACUAAUUCCUCCCCCGCCGCCUCCCAGCCCGAUCACCUCCAGCAAUACACACCCCCAGAUACCCCAAGUGCCGCGCCCAACUUUGUCGACUACCGGCGGCGAGAGUUUCCCAAACUCGGCUUCGCAUACGUCGAGGAGGGCCCGCUUCCCAUCACCUUCGAGGACCACAUGGAAUCCCUGACCGCCCAUAUCGCCGAGCACAAUCUCGAGGGAGUGAUCCCCGACGACUCGCCGGAUCCUCUCGAGAUCGCGAAGCGUGCCGAAGCCGAAGCCGACCGGAUCUGCUCCGCCCUCGGAAUCUCGGCGUACGCCACGCCCGAUCUCACCAAGGUCGGCCUGUACGAUGUCAUCGUCUUCUGCGACGACUCUGGGUCGAUGCUGGCGAACAACCGCUUCGACGACCAGAAGGACGUCGUCAAGCGCAUCUCGCGUAUCGCGCAGACGUACAACCGCGCCGGCAUCUCCCUGCGCUUCAUCAACUUCCUCGACGACGACGGCUACAACCGUCUCAACCACGGCGAUAUCAACUCCGCCGUCAGCCACGUGUUCCCUAACGGCACCACCCGCCUCGGAACGAAGCUGCUCGAAAAGGUCGUGCUGCCGUUCGUCAUCGAGCCUGCGCGCCGCGGCGAGCUGCGGAAGCCCGUGCUGAUCUCUAUGAUCACUGACGGCGAGCCGACCGAGGAAAACGUCGACACGUUGAAAUGGACGAUCCUAGCGUGUAAGGAGGAGCUGCGCAAGAACGUGAACGCGCGCGGCAUCCCGUACGGCGAGUCGGCGGUGACGUUCCAGAUCAAUCGCAUCGGCGACUCGCCCGACAGCAAGCGCUACCUCGACCGCCUCGCCAGGGAUCCGGAAAUGGUCGGGCUCAUACAUUGUAACGAUGAGACGCUGGAUUCCGCGGUCAGGGCGGCGGGAGGGGAUGGGGGGAGGUUGAAUACUUGGGUAUGUUGUCUUCUGCUACAGGGGAAGGAUGGGGGAUGGGGGAUGAGAUGGGAAUGAUUGCUGACUGAACGGGGGAUAGUUGACGCAGUUGCUCGCGGCGGGGGUUAAGAUGUGAUGAUGUGAUGAUGUGAUGAUGUGAUGAUGUGAUGAUGUGAUGAUGUGAUGAUGUGA